AUGAAUAAUUAUUCAGGGAAGAGAGUGUGGUUUCAUUGCAUUGUAUUUGUUAGUGUGCUGAUAAUUGCACAAAGUAUAACAACCAAGUACCAGACGUAUGAAGAGGAUGACCCCGGCACGGAAAUAGGUAAUUUGUCAGAAGAUUUGAAGAUCAACUUAUCAAACAGUUCCCAAACAAGUUUCCGUUUUAUGCACGAGGCAAAUUCAUGUGUUAUCCAGAUGCGGGAGAUGGAUGGACUUCUGACUGUCAGAGAGCGCAUUGACCGUGAGGCGCUGUGCCCCCUCUCACCUCGCUGCCUGAUCUCUUUUGAUGUUGUUGUUUUCACCAAUGAAAAGUUUCAGCUAGUUCACAUUGAGAUCGAGAUACUGGAUAUAAAUGACAACUCGCCACAAUUUCCCAGCAAUGAGAGGUACAUCGAGGUUUCUGAGAACACAGCGGUGGGAACACGGCUACCAUUGGACGUCGCUGCAGACCAAGAUGUGGGCCAGAACUACAUUCAGAGUUAUCAGAUUUCCUUUAACAGCCACUUUGGUAUAGAUGUACAAAGAGGUGAGGAUGGACUUAAAUUUGCUGAGCUUGUUCUGCUUGAAGAACUGGACAGAGAAAAGGAGGAUUCAUAUAUAAUUCAACUAUCAGCUACAGAUGGGGGAAAUCCUGCUAAAUCAGGGUCAAUGAAUGUAUACAUCAACGUGCUGGAUUAUAAUGACAACAGUCCAUCAUUUGAGAAGAGUUUAUUAAAGGUUGAACUGGCCGAAGAUGCACCUGUGGGGUUCCUUCUGCUGAAAGUGCAUGCUUUUGACCCUGAUGAUGGUGCUAAUGGUGAGGUGGUUUAUGGAUUUACUGAUGACUCCUCCACAGAUGCAAAACGAGUUUUCCAAAUAGACUCACAUUCUGGUGCUGUGACCUUAAAAGCUUUAGUUGAUUAUGAAACAAAAAAGUCAUAUGAAUUUAAAAUUCAAGCUAGGGACCUAGGCAUGAACUCGGUGCCAUCUACCUGUAAAAUCACAGUAGAAAUUUUUGAUGUUAAUGACAAUGCACCUGAAAUAAGCAUCAAACCAAUCACUUCAGUUAGUGAGGGAGUCGUUUACAUUACCGAGGCAGCAGCUAAAGACAGUUUUGUGGCUCUCAUCAGUACUUCGGACAGAGAUUCUGGCUCAAAUGGGCGUGUUACCAGCAGUCUGCAAGGACAUGAACAUUUCAGGCUGCACAAGGCAUAUGGAGACACCUUCAUGAUUGUCACAACGGCCACCUUAGACAGAGAGAGAAUUCCAGAGUACAACCUGACGGUAGUCGCCCAGGACUUGGGAUCCCCACCCUUCAAAACGAUAAAACUGUUCAGCAUCAGGGUGAGUGAUGAAAAUGACAACCCACCACUUUUUAGCAAGUCAGUCUAUGAAGUCUCAGUCAUGGAAAACAAUGUCCCUGGCUCAUAUAUUUCCACUGUGAUAGCCCGUGAUUGGGAUGUAGGAGACAAUGGCAAAGUGACAUACAAACUGCUAGACAGAAAAGUUGCUGGAGGAGUUCCAUUGUCUUCCUAUGUGUCUGUACACCCUGUUUCAGGCUCUUUGUUUGCUAUGAGGUCUUUUGAUUAUGAAGCACUGAAGCAAAUUGAAGCAGAGGUCAUAGCCAUCGACAGUGGUACCCCUAAACUGUCAAGUACAACUUUAAUUAGGGUGGAGGUAGUAGACCAAAAUGACAAUUCCCCAUAUAUUACUUAUCCAUAUUUAUUUAAUAACUCUGCAGAGGUAGCUGUACCUUACAAUGUACCUGCAGGUUACCCUGUCCUUAGAGUGAAGGCGCGAGAUGUAGAUGAGGGUGCCAAUGGGAAGCUCACCUUCAAGAUUGUGGAAGAUGUCCUGGAACUCUUCUCUAUCAACAAGGACACUGGGGACAUAGUCCUCAAGUAUGGUCUGACGUUCAUGAUUGGAGACACGGCGGAAAUCAAAAUUUUGGUGACCGACAACGGGAGAUCACCCCUCUCAAUCACUGCCUCCAUCCACUUCCUAGUGACGGAAAUGCAGCCUUCUGAAGAUCAGAUUGUGUUUGUAUCACAACCCACUGAUAUGGAAUAUUUGGACUUGGAUGUUUCGCUUGUGUUUAUUAUCAUACUCGCUGGGGGCUGUGUUCUGUUAAUGAUGGCGAUUAUGAUUGUUGGAUUUUCCUACUUAAAGAACCAGAGAAAUGGAGACAGUAAUUACAACAGAAAUAAGAAUGUUUUUUCAAACAAUCCCCUCCUGUCACUUCCUUCAAGUUAUUCAAACAUGCAUAGUGAGCCUGAAGUUUUUGUCAAGCAAAGACUUUCCUGCCCAGAUGAACCAGGCUUCAGUUUGAAUCAUUUGGAAUCCUCUUCUUCUCCACCAAAUGAUAAAAAUACUUUGCAACAAAGUGCCGCUGAAUACAGUGAUCAGCUCAGCGUGAAGGACAGUGGCAAGGGGGAUAGUGACUUCAACGACAGUGACUCUGACAUCAGCGGAGAUGGAUGCAGGAAAGCCUUACAUUUGAAUGUUCACGCUACCUGUUCGAUUCAGUCUCCUGACGCCCUUGCAGCGGAUUGGCCGGGCAAUUACUGUGUAAUCCCUGCUAUCGCACCAGUCUCCUAUGGGAGGGGCAAUACAUUACCCUCAGCCCUGGCGGCUGCCUGCAGGCUUCCUCAAACAAAUCCCACUUCCCGGAAGGACCCUGGCCACAGCACUCACAUGACCAGAGUGAGAGGCUUCCGGCAAUCCUUCACCAGGACUGAUGCAGUGCCCCCUCUGUCCUACCAGCAUGCAGAGAACACAGGACGUCAGCCCAGUGUGUGGUGUCCGGACAGCGAGUACAUAAACAUGCUGCGUGAAGUUGCAACCCCUUUUUAA